GUCCAGACCUGAGACGAAACUUUACUUCACGAUCACGAGCUCACUCGACAGUAACCGGCCGUUGGUAUUUCUUGGUGUCAUCUUUCAUUCUUAACUUCAAAUUCUUCUAUAUUCUCACAAUAAUGGAAUCUGACAAAGCCGCAAUUGUUGAAAACUCUGAGGAGGAUAUUGAAGAAGUUGAAGAGGAAGAGGAAGGAUCUGAUAAAUUGAGCAAAGAGAAAUUACAAGCGGCUGUUCUUCAGAACCCUAGGGUGAUGGCUGCAUGCUCGUGUUGCACUUGUCUUGACAGCAUGGUUGGGGAUCCAUCUGGAUACAUCAAGAGCUUGCCUGUUGCUGUCCAAAGGCGCAUCAAAGCGCUCAAGAAUCUCCAAUUAGAGACUACUAAAAUUGAAGCUGAAUUUUUCAAAGAAGUGCAUGUCCUCGAGUGCAAGUAUCAAACUAAAUAUCAAUCGUUUUUUGAAAAGCGAGCCAAAAUCACAAGUGGAGAACUUGAACCAACUGAUGAAGACUGUGUCUGGACCUUAGAUGAUGACAAGGAAAGUGAAGAACUUACAUUUGAAGGUGAAACAAAAGAAGAAGAUGACUUUGAUGAAGAAGAGGAGGAGGAAGAGGGAGAUGAAGACAAAAAUAUUCGUCGUUACCUAACAUGGCGUAGUAGGUUGACCUAUAUUGAGGCCGUGCUCAUAGUCUUAAAACUAUACCUAAUACUGUCUGGAAAUUAUUAUGCUUGAAGAUUUCCAGACUACAGACUGUGAGAAGUUUUCGCUCAUUUUCUCCUUCUUUCUUUGGUAUCGAGUUCAUCUUUCUCGCUUUCCCCCCUCGGGUCUGCAUUCACUGUGGGUUUUCCAUGUAGUAAUGUUCACUUUUAAUAAUACACACGAAGCAAAUGGA